CGAAUGAAUGAGUGCAUGCGCGCACCCAAGUUGGCCGGGUGCGGCUGCGGCGCCCCUCACCGGUGCUCACCCUGCACAAGGGCUGUGCGUCAAUCAAGGAGCUUCUGCUGGGGCAGCUGCCACGUGCUGACUCGGUCACCCGCAGACCCCAGGUACCCUCUGUACCAGCUGGGCAACCCCCAGCUCCGCGUCUUCCGCACCAACUUCUUCAUCCAGCUCGUGCGGCCCGGCACGGCCCAGCCCGACGACACCGUGCAGUUCCGGAUCCCCAUGGAGAUGACCAGGGUGGACCUGAGGAAUUACCUGGAGCGCAUUUACAACGUGCCCGUGAGCACCGUGAGGACAAGAGUGCAGCACGGUUCCAACAGGAAGAGGGAUCACAGAAAUGUCAGGCUGAAGAAACCAGACUACAAGGUGGCCUACGUACAGCUGGCGCAUGGACAGACCUUUACGUUCCCAGACCUGUUUCCUGAGAAGAAGCUGAGCCCUGAGGGUGGCUCUGCUGACGACGACAUCCGGGACCAGCUCCUGGAGGCCCAGCAGCGCAAGGAGACCCGCGACCCCCAGCGGGGGGGGGUCCCCGAGUGGUUCGGCCUGUGAUCCGCCAACUGACAGCUCAAAUAAAGUGCUGCAUGUGGACAAAGGG